CUCGACAAUAUUGGUUGACCUGUCGUUUGUCAACAUUGGUUCUGCUGAUAUUGUCUUUUUUUAUAUUUGAAAAAAAGAACAAGGUAUGGUAAACUUGGCCGACGCACUUAUGAUAAAUACGGUGACGGAUGGAGCUAUGAAUUUUUUACGUCAUAUUGGUAUUUUUAAGACUCAGACGGCACCUCAAGCCCCCGCGCCAAUAAUUAUCAAGAUGCCGUUGUGGCAACUCGCGCAAGAGGCGGGGCCGUUCGUCCGGCUGGCAGGGCUCAGCGGUGCAGCCGCCGUAGUGCUUGGCGCUAUGGGUGCACACCGCAACUUUCCAGAACCAGAAACCAAAGAAGAUUUAAAGAAAAUAUUUGAAACAGCCAAUCGAUUCCACUUCCUUCACACACUUGCACUUGUCACAGUGCCUCUUUGCCGGAGACCCUAUGUUGCCGGUGCAUUCUUUGUAGCUGGGAUGACACUAUUUUGUGGUACAUGCUAUUACCACGCAUUCACAGGUGACCGCUGCUUCCGCAGACUUACUCCAAUUGGUGGCUCCUGUCUCAUCCUUGGUUGGGUCGCAAUGGUCUUGUAAACCUUCAUGACUAAAUAUUUACUAGAUUUAAACUUUCUCGAUAGUUGAUCAAGUGUAUAUUUAGUUUAGGAUAAUGUAUCAGUUAAUUGUAAUAACUGUUAGCACUUGUUAUAAUAUAUGUAGAUUAUAUGUUUAGACUGUUUAUUAUUUAUAAUUUCAGUGUUAUUUUAAAUCUUAAGCACAAGUUGCAAAUAUUUCUCAUAGUGAUUUAAUAAAUACAAUUUUGUUAGUCAUUGGUAGAAUCAUUAUAUUUGUGUAAUUAGAUCUUUGAUAACUAAGGUGAUGUUAAAUGAAUUACAUAAUCAAUUUGAAGAAGUUUCCAUUUUGUUGUGGAUAGGUGGCAGUCUUUAGUAAUAUAAAAGUUAUUAAAUAUUCCAAAA